AUAAAUUCGUCAAAAAAAAAUCAUUCAACAUGCUAUUCAUUUAAGCCGAAAUCCAAUAUUUCUUUGGCAUUUUUGGUUAUUCAUAUGAAAUCUCAUAUUCAUAUUCGUUAGAGAUGAAUUUCGUAUUUUUAUCAAAAUCAAUUAUCGAAAUUAGUUAAUAUACAAUAUGAUGACAGAGCAGUGUGAUUUAGAGCACUUGCAGAUCUGACCCUGCAUUGGUCAAAAAUCGAAUAUAUAUUUCCUCCCCAUCAGCUCAUUAAAAAUUAGCAAUCCUCCCGCACUCCGGUUCGACAGAGUUAAGCUUAGAUGUCUUUAUCUUCAUCGUCCGGAACAAGGAUUAAAAGCUGGAAUUUAGCGACUCUCGAUUUCAUAGAUGUUCCAGGUGCCUUAUCCAAUUCUCUCUCCUUAUCAACCCCGGAUCUCAGAAAAUCUACAAGUCUCUUCGUUCCGAACAAGCAAAUUUCUUCAUCUCAUCAUAACCACAGACUCAGAGAUAAAAUUGAUCAAAUUUUAGCUACUUGCGAAAGCUUAUUCGUUUCAAACAUCAAGGAGAUGCCGCAAGAUUUUGUAAAGCAAUUAAUAUCCCCUCUUCCUCCUAGUGGAUUUAAUUAUUCCGACGAAUUAUCAACUAAAUCGCGGUUCACCAAUGGGAAGAAUGGAUCCCUAAAACUAUAUCAUAAAAAUUGUAAUCCUUCGGUUAAACCAGAAUCUAAUGAAGAUUCAAUCCAUCAUCCUAUUACAUCCAUUGCAUCGUCAAAUAUAACUACACAAACCAAUAUUAUUCCAUGCCUUUAUAUGUCAGAUGCUCAUAAAGACAGGAUUAAAGAAAGAGGCGCCUCGAAGAAAUGCAAAAAAACAUCGAAUAAAAUAUUCCGAGUUGGCAGUUAUCGCAAAAAAUUGAACAUUCAAAAUAACAGCAUCCACCAUAAUCAUACACCAUCCCUCACCAAUUGUAACAAUAUAUCAAACGACGCCUCAUCAACCGCCGCCAAAUUUAACCACCUAAAUCAAGACCACCAAAACGAAAGCGAGCGCUCUUCUGAGUACACCAUAAAUCCGCACCCAAACUCUAAUAAUAAAAAGAGUUGGAUGAUAAAGAUGAACGUUCUACACGAGCAGGAGGAUGAAGAAAUUAUCGACGAUGUUAAAAAUAUUCAAAACGAGGCCGAUAAUUUUCAUUCAUUCUUGCCUAUAUGUUGUAGCGUUCGCUUGAUUUUGUGCAAGACUUGCGGCAAAUCUCUUUUCAAUAAAUUAGCACUCCAAUGCCAGAAUUGCUUAAGUUCAAUUCACGACAUUCCUGCUUGCAAAGGUCAAUUGUUUAAAUGUCCGCUUAAUUACAACGAAUUUGACACCCAAGAUUGUAUUAAUAAUAAUAAAUUUUGGAACUUGAAGUCUUUGUCAUUCAAAAAUUUAUCGAAUUGUGAAAACAACAAUUUACACACCGAAAAUCAUCAUAAAAAUCGAUCAAAUUUAAGAAAUAUAAAUCAUGCUACUCAAAAUGACGCGUUCAAUAUGGAUUACAUAUUGUUUAAUAACCCCCCGAAAACAAAUAUAGCUAAAACUAAAUCAGAAGGAGCUCUUCAAUCUUGUUCAUUGGAUAGUAGUUACACAUACGAAAAUUCACCUAAACUAAAAAAUAGUAAGGUCUCUCGUGAAUGUAAUACAACAACGCACAUAAAUUUGAAAACAUCAAAAUCGAUAGAAAAUUUAAGUUCGUCUUUAAAUCGCGAAAUGCUAGGCAACGAAAUCAUUCAAUCAAAUUGCUCUUCGACCGAUAUCAAUGAUACCCUUAAGAAAUACGUUGAGAUAAACAAUAUUUCUAACCAUAAUAAAUAUGAUAUUGAUCCAGCACAAUUUAUCAGUCUGGGUGUGGAUAAUGUCAUAAAGCAAAAAAAAACAAACACUGAUACCGAAAUGAAUUUACCGAUCGAUAGACUAGAAACUUUUCCCGAUGAUGUUCCUUCCUCCGAACAUAAAACCACCCCUGAUGACUCUCAGUCACAUUUGACCACCAUCCAAGACAUUGUUUCAGAAGUGGAUAAAUACAUUGAUAGCAAUGAUAGCUUCACGGCAAUUCCAGUGAACCAAACCAUCGCGGGCCAGCCCGAACCUAAAUUUAUCAAUAACAGGAACAGCGAAACUAAUAAUAACUUCGAAGUUAAUAAAGUUUACGGUAAUCAUUCCGAUCUAGAUAGAGUAGGUGAUAUAGGCGACUUCGCUACCAACAUCAGAUCCAUAUCAAAUUUUCCUAAUAUAUUCGAUGACCCCUUCUUGACCUACGAUAGUUUGAAUUCGGACGAUAGUGAUAAUUGGACUAAAAUUAGGGGUGACAAAAGGAUGAUUAAGCACAUGAAUUCGAAAGAUAUCAAAAGACAGGACAUUAUACACGAACUAAUAAUAACCGAGCGAUUACAUUUGCAAACAUUAUCUAUAAUUAUAAAGAUUUAUUCCUUUGCUAUGAAAAAUAUUCUGCAAAUCGAUGACGAAACAUUGAAAACACUUUUCCCUCACGUUUCCAAUCUCUUUGACAUUCAUUUAAGCUUUUAUAAACAUCUCAAAAAGAGGCAAGACACCGCUCCUAUCGUUGAAAAUAUCGGAGAUGUUUUAUUGGAUCAAUUUUCGGGAGAAAUGGCCAACAAUAUGAAACGGGAAUACGGAAUAUUUUGUUCUGAACACAAAAGCGCUAUAUUCGCUUAUAAGCAACUCGUUAAAACUGAUAAAAAUAUGCCUUCUUUUAUGCAAGAAGCCCUAUCUCAUCAUUUAUGCCGGAGGAAAAGUGUCCCUGAAUGUAUUUUAGCUAUUACCCAAAGAAUUACCAAAUAUCCUAUAUUUUUAGAAUCAAUUAUCAAAGCUAACAAAGGCAAAAAACAACACGCUGUAAGUAAUAUAGAAGACGAUGAUAAGGUAAUAAAAGCCCUCGACGGGUUAAGAUGCGUGCUUACUCACGUAGAUGAACAGAUCGCCCGUAAAGAGCUGGAACAAAGACUGGCCGAAAUCGUAUCUAAGUUCGACCUCAAAUCAUUCACUAUAUUAGAGGGACAAAAAUUUACGAAACACGAUUUAUCUCCUCUCAAAGGAGAAAACAACAAUGACCAGGGUGGAUCAACCAUUAUGAAAAGAUCGGAUAUCAACUCUCGGAGACUUUUACACGAAGGCGGCCCAUUUGAAAUAAUCUAUGCUGGUUUGAACGGCAUAACAAAGGGUAAUAAACAAUCCUGCCAAAUACAUCUCAUGCUUAUGAACGACAUACUAGUGUUUUUGCAAGAAAAUGGCGGUAAAUAUACUUUCGCUACCUCGGAUAACAAUAAUCAUAAUAUGCCGUCCGUUCUAUCCUUAAAAAAGUUGCUUUUCCGGGAAAAGGCUAGUGAACCAUCGGUAUUCUACAUUAUCAACACGAAUUCUCCAGAGAUGUACGAGAUCGUAUGUGACAAUGUGAAAAACAAGAAUCAAUGGAUGUUUCAUUUAAGAAAGGCGCUAGCUCAGGCCUCUAUCGCUCAAACCAUUCAGAAUCAAAAUGAAGAUAAAAGACACUCAUCUCAAAUCCAAGAAGAUCUUAGAAAAAUGCAAAUCGAAUACGAAAAAAUUCAAACGUUAUUAGCCGACGCCAAGAUCAAAGACAAAGAAAUCGACGUAUUAGUCUCUCAAAAAAAUUCGGCCAUUUCGAAAAUAAUCGAUCAUUUACAAAAAUAUGUCAUUACUCAAGAACUUAAUAAUAAUGGAUUACCGAAUAACUCCUCUAACGCAUCUAACUUCGAAUCCAAAAACUCGUCCAGCUCUUUAUUUCAAAGAAAGUCAUUACCACCUGAUUUCACUUUGAUAGGAUCCUUCCUGGAUAAGUUUAAAAGAGAAAGCGAAGUUAGCUUGUUUAAAUCUAUGACCAAUUAUGUAAGUUUGAACGAUAACGUUUCGACUGUUAACACAGUCACCACUACUGCUAGCAUCAGCGAUAGAAAUCUUCCGGGAGAAGACGAUAUUGACUGUGAGGUUAAUUAUGGCAUCAAAAAUAGCGGACUUGUUAGACUUCAUGACUUUGUCCAGGCCUCUAUAAAUCAAUUAUGUAACGUCAAUCAGUCGUAUUUAAUUCCUUCAUCCUCUGUCAAUCUUAACCGAAGUGUUAGCGAUGUAUUGGAACAUAAUAAGCCAUCUUACGGUCUCACUGAAUCAUAUAAAUACAUUAACAAUUGUUUGGAAAAUUCUCACAAUCUCCUAAACACCAUCAAUCACAAUCUAAGUGAUCUCGAUGAUAGUAGCCCUAUCGAUAAUAAUAACAUUUGUAAUAAUUCUUCUCUUACACAACCCAAAAGGGCUGAAACCUUUGCUGGGUUUGACAGCAAAAUUGUAUUAAAUUCUGGUGGCAAUAACAUUUUAAAAACAUCAAAUAUUACUAUACCGGACGUGGAUAACAAGAAAAACAAAGAUUUUGAUUGCAAUAAUUUGUUACCUAGGGUGAAAAGCUUAAAAUUGGCAAAUGGGGAAUCAUUAAUUUCCUCAUCAAUUUCAUCGUCUUCCUCUAUCUCCCUAAGAAGUCCCAUCGAUUCCGCUACAUCCUCAAAAACGUCUUUAAUAUCAUCACCGGUUUCAUCUUCUUCCAGCUGCAAUAUCAAUAAAAUGAACAAGUUUCCCGAUAACUAUAUGUUGGACAUCUUAUUAUUUCAUCCAUCGUUAUCAGCUAGAAAUAUGAAUUGCGAAAAUGAAAUUCACAGAUUAAAACUCAUUCAAACUCUAACUUUUAUGCAGAAUACUAUCAAUCACGAAAUCACCAACCAGACAAAGCUGAUAACGGAAAACCAAGACCUUAAGUGCAAAUUAAAUAAGUACGAGAUGGAAAAAAAUGACCGAAAAUCAUACAGUUGGCACAGCCAACCAUUAGAGGAAUUGAGAAAUAUCCAAGAAUCUGUGAGUAAAGAACGAGAAAAUAUCAAAAAAGAGAGCGAAAGUGAAAGAGCGGCCCUAUCUGCUGAAAGGAAAACUUUGACAACCCAAAUGGAAGAAUUAAAACUCAUGAGGGAACGAUUAAAAGCUGAUCAAGAUCUAAUCGAAGCUCAAAAAAUGACUAUACACCAAUACUGGGCUGAUAUAGUAAACCAUAGAAGGUCUGGCUCCGGCAAUAAUAAUCUUUUAUCAGAUCCUUGCAGUGUUGAACAACAUAAUAAGCUAAAAUCUUUAUCAACUACCCAUAAUUUACAAUAUUAUCAUUCAAGGUCCAAAUCUUACGAAGAUAAUCCGCAUCUUAUAGAUUUACCCUCAUCUCUUCAUGGCAAUUGUAUCAAUAUAUUAGACGACAAAUUAUCUCAUAGCCAUCCAUUUCCUAGCCAUCUUAUAUCAGCCACAAACGAAAGGAAAAUUUUUUUCAACACACCACAUUAUCCAUCUUCUCUUGAAAAUAUAGACUAUCAGAAUUGUCCUUCCACUUCAAUUUCGUCACAUUUAGGUUCUUCUUAUUCGUUUUCCUUCAAAAGAUUUCAGGAUUGGAAAGAUCAUCAUAAUAACAAUAACAACGCAACUAACAUAUCUAUAUCUCACCCCCCAACCUCCUUCUUAUCCAAUCUAAGCAGUAUCAAACAACCAAGUCGUGGUGCAAGGAGUUUGGCUAUAUCUUCCCUGGCUCAUCAAAGCGUUAAAUUCCGGGACAAGAAGCAUCAAGCCUCGUCCAUUUCUACUUCUGGCUUAUUUCCCAAUAGCCACAAUAUUCCUUUCAGCCAAUUCACUCAAAAUAAUUCUAACAACAAAAUACCUCCCAUAUCGGCUUCCUUUUCUCAUAAUGCGAUUGCAGCGAGUAACAAAAUGAAUAACAAUAUUUAUGGUGCAUCUAACGUAACUGCCGGAGGGUCCUUUUUUCAAAAAAGCAAAACCCAGAUAAUAUCUUCAUCUACUCAUAGGUCGUCGUCUAACCUACUCCCGGUUAACAAUAGUAACAUUUCCAAAAGCGGUAGCAAUAGUUCACAAAUUUUGCCUAUGAAACUAGCGUGCACCCUCGACAACUCGUCUUCCAACAUUUCAAGUGAUAUCAUCCAAGUUCAUAACGAGACGCCAUUAUAUAGCAAACCCUUGUUGAUGAACAAGCAAUACAUUAAACAUCCAAUUACAUCAUUAUUUCAAAAUAAUGUGCAAGCACUCCAUGCAAGCGUGAGUUCUUUAAAGCAGCCUAAUAUUUUUUUAAACGAUAAAAACGAACCAUUGGUAAAUAACCAUUUUAAAUCAAAAUCUAACAUUAGUUCUCCUAUAAGUUUCUCCGUUAAUAAUAACGAAAAAGGAGAAAAUGAUCCAGAUUUACCUUCAGAUGGUUAUAGCAAUUCGCUUUUAGCCACAUCGAGUCACAAAUAUACUCAAUCUAUAUAUUAUUUUUAAUGAUUUAAUAAAUCAUCGUAAUUUUAUCUUCAUAUGAGAAUAUCAUUUCCGAUUAUAUUACUGUUAAUUAUAAUUCAUUUUGAUGAAUUAUUAUAAUUUGUACUCAUCUGCAUAAUAUAUUAUCUUAUCGACUUAAAAUAUUCUAAUUAAAUCUAUUUUUUACCUAAUAGAUGUUACUAAAAUUGAUAAGCCCCCCCCCUCUUCCAACACAAAUUUAACCAAAUUUUAAAGAAAUGUUAUUAUUUAGUGUCAUAUUUGUAUUAUUUAUUUAUUUUUAUGAUACUUUUAUUUAAUUUAUACAUAAUAUCCUUUUGUAAUAUUAUUUAUCUCGUAUUUUGUAAAAAAAAAAAUAUAUAUUUAAAUCUUGC